CUAAAAUUAGAGUGGGAGCAGCUGACCCCACUGCCCCUAAAGUAGUUCCGUCCAUGGACAGAUGCUUGAGGCCCUGAAUAAUUAAAGCAUCAAAUUUUAAUGUUACUAAAAGAAUAAAAAAUGAGAUCUAACCUAAUGGUAUCACUUUCAUUCAUUAACUAUACCAAUAUCUUAUUUCAUGGUGGGGCGUGCGGUAACAACUCUCCUAACUAUACGAAUAUCUUAUUACACUACAUAAAUUGUAAGAGUAUCAUAACUUGUUAGGUGCCUGUGUUCUUUGGAUUUGUUUGGGUCCGAAGAUCUGACUACUUAGGUUAAUCAUCAAAAUAUCAAUGAAUGAGUCAAUGAGUAAUUAAAAACAUAAUAAAAAUACCAAUUUUCAUAUCAGUUAAUGUUAUAUAUGUUUAAUUUCUGGAAGUACGUAACGUGAGAUUAAAUUUUCAUUUACGUUUUUUAGAGAUAUGAGAGAGGGGUUGUAUUCCUAACUUUUGAAAUCAUAAACGUUCUUGCAAUUGUAGUUCAUUGUAAAGUAUUAUCAUAAGAAAAAAAGUCAUAUAGAAGUGUAUUCAAAGUACAAAUAAAAUACACUUCCAUAAAACGUAAAGAGACAUGAUGAAGGAAGGAAGAAGAAUCUUUCCGCAUAUAAUAAAGUGACGCAAAGAUUGCUCUUCAAAGUUCAAACCUCCAUUAAACAUAUGGCAUCUAUAAAGUGUCCAAAAUUACAUACACACACACACAACCACGUUUUGUAAGUUGCAUGUUCCUGUCAAUAAAACAAAUUUGUCUUUUAACAAAGCUCCAUUUUCUGCCUUUUUAUUGUUUUCAGGGUAUCUCACUAUCUCUGUCAGAUCUCAACUUGUUUCAUUUAAAUAUGAUUUCUUUUUGAAUACCUGACUGACAGAUCAAAACUUCAAUUACUUAUCUAUUUUAAAUCAACCAACCAACACUUAGUUUUAUUUUUCAAAGAAUUUGUCACAUGUUUUGACCUUAAUUUUUGGUUUUGAAAGUAGAUAAGUACUGUAUACAGAUAUAAUUUUUAUACAUUCACUUCACAUGAUUUCUGAACGCCCUUUGAAGCAAACCUUUGAAGGGGUUCUCUUUUCCCGGUUAAUAACUUGCCGCCGGUCAGGUUUCCGGUGACACUAAACCUUAAUCUUUACUUUUUUAUAUAUUAGAAUAAUAUAAAGGGUUUUAGUUUCAAGAAUUCAUUUCAAGAUUCAAUCUUUUUAUCGACCCAUUAUGUCAUUUGCCAAUACAAGAUCUGUAAGAUUUCAAGAUGAUACUGAGCCACCAAAGUUCCAAAUAGUGAAUGGAGAUAAUUUGUUUAAAGUGAAAUACAACAUUGAUGGAAAACAAAGACCAGAGACAAGAAAGCCCGAAAAACACCCAACAAGAUCAUCCUUAAAAUCCAAAGUGUUAUCAAGAGUUUUCUCCGAGGAUUACGAAAGAGUGAAGAAGAAAAUCUUGGAUCCACGAGGUUUAACCAUACGGAAAUGGAACAAGGUUUUCUUGGUAGCAUGUUUGGUUUCUUUAUUUGUAGACCCUUUGUUCUUUUACUUGCCAUCAAUCAAGGAAAAUGCUUGUAUCGACAUAGGGUUCAGCCUUAAGGUUAGUCUCACCAUUGUGAGAUCAGUAGCAGACCUGUUCUACAUCAUUCAGAUAUAUGUAAAGUUCAUGACUGCUUACGUGGCGCCUUCUUCCCGUGUUUUUGGGAGAGGUGAGCUUGUUAUAGAUACCUCAAAGAUAGCAAAAAGAUAUAUAACAGGCGAUCUUUGGAUCGAUUUCAUUGCUGCCUUGCCUCUUCCUCAGAUGCUAAUUUGGAUAAUUAUACCAAGUUUGAAUGGUUCAGCCAUGACAAAUACAAAAGACGUUCUGCGUUUCAUCAUCAUUCUUCAAUAUGUCCCCAGACUUUAUCUUAUCUUCCCCCUCACUUCACAAAUAGUCGGAGCUACCGGGGUCGUCACAGAAACAGCAUGGGCUGGAGCGGCAUAUAACUUGAUGUUAUACAUGUUGGCAAGCCAUUUUGUAGGAGCUUGUUGGUAUCUUUUAUCGAUAGAAAGACAAGAAGCCUGCUGGAGAAGCAUAUGUCUCCAUGAGGAUCCAACUUGUGAGGACAAUUUUUUCGACUGUGAAAGAAAGAAUGAAUCAGCUAGACAAUCCUGGUACCGCACGAGCAAUGUGACACAUCAAUGUGUCCCAACCAGUGGCUUUUAUCCAUUCGGUAUCUAUGGGGAAGCAUUGGAAUCGGAAGUUACUUCAGCCUUGUUCUUUAACAAGUACUUCUAUUGUCUUUGGUUCGGUUUGAAGAAUCUCAGUUCUUUGGGGCAAAAUCUUUCAACGAGCACUUACGUUGGUGAAAUCAUGUUUGCGAUUGUCGUUGCUGUUGUGGGACUAGUUCUUUUUGCAUUGUUAAUUGGAAAUAUGCAGACAUAUCUUCAAUCAACUACAGUUCGACUAGAAGAAUGGAGAAUCAGGAGAACAGAUACAGAACAGUGGAUGCGACACCGCCAACUGCCACCAGAACUCCGCCAGUCCGUUCGGAGAUAUGAUCAGUAUAAAUGGGUGGCCACUCGAGGGGUGGACGAAGAAUCCCUUCUCAAAGGACUUCCAUUAGAUCUUCGUCGAGAUAUAAAGCGUCACCUAUGUUAUGAUCUAGUUCGACGGGUCCCGCUAUUUGAUCAAAUGGACGAGCGGAUGUUAGAUGCUAUCUGCGAGAGACUAAAACCGGCUUUAUGUACUCAAGGGACUUGUUUAGUCCGUGAGGGAGACCCUGUUAACGAAAUGUUGUUUAUCAUUAGAGGAAACCUGGAUUCUUACACUACCAAUGGUGGUCGAACUGGUUUUUUCAAUUCUUGCCGAAUUGGGCCAGGUGACUUUUGUGGUGAAGAGCUACUGACAUGGGCUUUAGACCCACGUCCAAGUGUCAUCCUCCCAUCCUCCACGCGUACAGUGAAGGCCAUCUCAGAAGUUGAAGCCUUUGCACUUAUUGCCGAAGACUUAAAAUUUGUUGCAUCACAGUUUAGAAGAUUACAUAGUAAGCAGUUACAACACAAGUUUCGGUUUUAUAGCCACCAGUGGCGGACAUGGGCUGCUUGUUUUGUUCAGGCGGCUUGGCGUAGGUACAAAAGGCGAAAGAGUGCUCAGGAACUCAAGGCUCGUGAGAGCUUCACCAGUGUUGAUCAUGAGUCAGAGUUUAGCUCACCAUUGUAUGGUCAUGGUGGGAAUAGCAUGGCUUCUCCAGACCCUGGUUACGGUGUCUAUGCUACAAGAAUGGGCUCAAAUAGAAGGCCCGGUGGCUCGAAGUCAGGUGGUGGUGGUGGAUCAUUGCAAAAGCCGGCUGAACCUGAUUUUUCUGUAGUUGAGGAGUGAGUAUUAUUGUAAAGAAAGCCACAUAAGUGUGGGAAAGUGAUAAAAGAAAUCGAAAAAUACUAUUCCUGAAAUAUCUGUGAAUACGUAGACUUGUUAUGUAUUUUGAGUUUUUGACUUGAGAUUCUUGAAUUAUACGUGGUCUAGUCUAAAGAAGAUGGAAACAAAA